AUGGACGCGCUGAGAGGAUCGUCGCCGGCUAAGGGGUCAGCCAACGACUCCCCCGAACAGCUGCUCGACAUCUUCAAGACGGCUGCCCUGUCGGUAACUAAGCUAUAUAAGACGUCAGCGGCAGCCCAGACCAAGGCCCGCUCCGAUGGGUACCAGGACUGUCUCGAUGACCUCCUGUCCUUCCUCGAUAAGCAACGCCUCGGUCUCAGCGACGGAGAAGGCUGGCAGAUCCGACGUUGGGCCACCGAGCGACUAGAGGGCAGCAGGGACGCUCAGACAGCCGAGAGCGAAGAUGAGAGCGACAAGCCUGAGACCGUGUCGUCACCCGAACUGUAUCGGUCAACCAACACAACCUCGACAAUAACAGUCCGCCCAGAGCCUGAAAUGCGAGCCGACUCGGCUCCUCCAGCGACAAUAAUAGCUCAAACCAGCCCCGCAGCAACAGUAAGCCCGGUUACAGUACCUCAGCAGCCACCGAUUGUUGUACCUACCCAGGACAAUUUCACAUUCCAGUCUUCCAUGAUGUACCCCCAAGAUUCCGAUUUGAACAUGGCCAACCUCGACCUCUCAGACCGGAACAACGAAAACGUAAUCCAUCAACCUACAUCUCAACCACGUCCACGAAAUCACCGAUCGGGUCAAAGGCCGAGAACAGCAAAUCACCUCGGCCGAGGAGCCGGACAGAAACGCAAGAUCAACUUCGCUGAGAUAUUCGACCUGGGAAGCAUAGGGGGCAAGGACAUGUUCGGUAGCGGCGGAGGGAAACGGAGUCGUCACGCAUGA